AUAAAGAAAGAAUCUUACAAAACAUUAAACAGUGAACUCCAACAUGGAUUGAUUGCUUCAUUACAGUCUCAAAAUGGAAGACCCCAGUUUUUACCGUCAUCAUCGGUCCGAACCCAAUAAUCAAUCGCAAACACCUUAGAAUUAUUUUCAAAGGCCACCCAUAACUCAACUCAACUCGUAUCCACAACCCUCCAUUAUUAUCCUUUACACCUUCACCCUGUCUUUCUCCUUUUCUUAUAUCCAGAAAGAUAAGAGAGCAAAAGAGAAGAAAGUAAGAAUCUUUAAAGAAAACAAGCCUUAAAAAAAACACACAAACACUUCUUUAAGGAUCGAUUUAUUUGCAUCUUACUCUUUAACAGCUCAAGGACAAGGGAGGCUCUUUCUUUAUUGGCAUGUUAAUCUCUUUACUGAUGCAUAUAAACUAGAGAGAGAAAGAAGAAGGAUCUGUACUUUAUCAUGAUGGAUGCAAAUCCACUGUGCUUCUUGACCCGCCAAUCUUUUUUCUCGGCCGUGCGGUCAGCUGAUCUUAAUUCUGUGAAAGAGAUUGUGAAGAAGAUAACAAAGGAUGAACCAUGUGAUGGGUCCUCUCCUGUUUCUGAUCUAAUGACUGUGCAAACUGAUGCAGGGGAGACUGCUUUGUAUAUAGCUGCAGAGAACAAAUUUGAAGAUGUUUUUAGCUACUUGGUUAAGUUUUCUGAUAUUGAGGCUGUCAAGAUUAGGUCUAAGUCUGAUAUGAAUGCGUUUCAUGUUGCUGCUAAGAAGGGCCAUUUGGGUAUUGUAAAGGAACUUUUGAGCAUUUGGCCUGAGCUUUGCAAGUUAUGCGACUCCUCAAAUACUAGUCCCCUAUAUUCUGCAGCUGUUCAAUAUCAUUUGGAUGUAGUUAAUGCCAUCUUGGAUGCUGAUGUCAGCUCACUAAGGAUAGUGAGGAAGAAUGGGAAAACUGCGUUGCACACGGCUGCUAGGUAUGGCCUUGUUGAAAUGGUAAAAGCACUUAUAGACCGCGACCCAGAAAUUGUCCGUGUCAAAGAUAAGAAAGGCCAAACUGCUCUUCAUAUGGCUGUAAAAGGUCAAAGUACUGCUGUAGUAGAGGAAAUACUAUCUGCUGAUUGCUCAAUACUAAAUGAGCGUGACAAGAAGGGUAACACGGCAGUACAUAUAGCUACAAGGAAAUCUCGUCCAGUGAUAGUGAGCCUUUUGCUGACCUACAGAUCUAUUGAUGUCAAUGUCAUCAAUAAUCAGCGUGAAACUGCGAUGGAUUUGGCUGAUAAACUCCAAUAUGGAGAAUCUUCAAUGGAAAUCAAGGAAGCUCUCACAGAUGCUGGUGCCAAGCAUGCUAGAUAUGUUGGUACAGUGGACGAAGCAAUGGAACUGAAGAGAACCGUAAGUGAUAUAAAGCAUGAGGUCCACUCGCAACUCAUACAAAAUGAAAAGACUAACAGAAGGGUUUCUGGUAUUGCAAAAGAAUUGAGGAAACUUCACAGAGAGGCUGUCCAAAAUACCACCAACUCUGUAACAGUUGUUGCUGUUCUUUUCUCCUCAAUUGCUUUCUUGGCUAUUUUUAACUUGCCUGGGCAAUAUUUAAUGGAUGGAGGUGAAGUAGGGAAGGCUAACAUAGCUGACAAUGUUGGUUUCCGGGUCUUUUGCCUCCUAAAUGCAACAUCUCUAUUCAUUUCUCUAGCCGUGGUCGUGGUUCAGAUCACUUUAGUCGCCUGGGACACUAGAGCUCAGAAACAGGUUGUAUCUGUUGUUAACAAGCUGAUGUGGGCUGCCUGUGCUUGCACUUGCGGGUCUUUUCUGUCCAUAGCUUUCGUGGUUGUGGGUAAAGGUAGUUCAUGGAUGGCUAUAACAAUAACCUUAAUGGGCGCACCUCUUCUUGUUGGAACGCUUGCAAGCAUGUGUUACUUCGUGUUCCGACAACAUUUCGGAGGUUUCAGGGAUUCCGAAAGGCGCAUAAAAAGAGGUAGUGGAAGCAAGUCUUUCUCAUGGUCCUACUCAGCAAACAUAUCAGAUGUUGACGAGUACAACUCUGAUAUGGAGAAGAUCUAUGCUCUGUAAACACUGUAUUGAACAGCAAUGCAGUCUGUUUAAAUAUAUGUAUCUAGUGUUGCUCGUGGCUGUUGAUAUGUGCAGAUCAAACGUAGUUUUUCCGAGUUUAAGAGAUAAAAGAGAGGGGGAGAGGAAAAUAAAAGAAUGCAGCGUUGGAUGGUUUCAGUUUUGGAAUUAGCAAGAACUGCCUAGUUUUUCUUUUUUCUUCUGUGUAUUAGUGUAACAGAGGGUUGACGAAUGUAUAGUUCUGUAUAUAAGUUAUGGUCCUUUCUUGUAA